GCCUACAGUGUUUUGCAGCCUGAAAUGCCAAGUUAAGCUUGUCUUACACUCUGAGCCCCAAGUGCCCAACUACAGCAUGAGAAUGGAACGGGGGGCGGGGGGAAUUAGAUAAAUAACUAUUUAUCUAGUUCAACAAAGAAUUAAGGCUGCGGACUGGAGCUUUUCCAAUGAGUCGGUGUCAGUAGAUCAUUCGUCAUUAGCUUAAACUAACAUGAAACAGAAAGCAGAAGUCUGAACAUAUGGAACUAACACACUCAGAAUUCUGAUUAGCCACUUGCUUACACUACGUUGUUUCAAGCUGUGAGCCUGUAUUGAAUCAUUUAAUCCUUGUGCAGGCGGUUAAUAUAGUAACCUCUUACAGUUGUCACAGUCCUUGGAGAGAGGAAGUGGAAAACUACCCUCCUCGCCUUCAUGACAAGAGAGAAAAAUAAUUACGGAGACUACCGCACCAUCACCACCAUGAAGAUGCUUAAUGCUGCCAUUCUCAUUUUAGUCCUGUUUUAUCCCAGUCUCAGCACAGCGUGGCCUACGCACACAGUCUGCAAGGAGAAGAAUUUGGAAAUAUAUUACAAAAGUUGUGAUCCCGUGCAAGAUUUUGCUCUUAGCAUCGAUGGUUGUUCCAAAAUCUUAACGAAUACUUUUGACAUCAGAGCUGCAAUGAUCUUAAGACACAACAUCAAGGAACUGUCUCUGAACGUUAAUCUCAUCAUAAAUGGGAAGAGUAUCCUAGCCUACUCACAGAAACUUUGUGAGCCGAAUGACCGCAGGUUUAUUUUCUGUGGAAAGAGAAAAGGAGAACAUAUCUACUAUGAAGGGCCUGUCACGUUGGGAAUCCAUGAAAUCCCUCAAGGAGAGUACAAAGUUUCAGUGAAGCUGUAUAAUGGAGACCAUCUCACUGUUGCUUGUGCUGAUUUUACCAUAAAAAAUAAAUAAUUUUUCCCCAUAUAAAGCAAAGAAGCGAUCAGAAAGAGUUCAUUUAAAGUGGUAGGUCACCAAAAUAGUGCAAGCUUUGUAGCUAAGAAAGCUAGUUAUAUUCUACAGUGAUAUUGAAGAAAAUAAUUCCACUCAGAGGUUCGGGUGCUAUUCUUGUUUAUAAUCCACUGCUUUUAGGAACUCACUAGAACCCCAAGAGGUAAUUUAUCCUAUGACAUUCACUGUAUUCCAUUUGCUUUUGUUUCUAUAAUAUAUGGCUGCUUUAAAAUAGCAAGAGUUUUAAACUCUCAAAAGCCUUCCAGUCCACUAACUACAGAACUAAAUGAGACAGGCAUUGCUCAGUGAGCUAUCUAGCAGGAGGAGAUCAGAGCUUGGUGCUUGAACUCUGCCCUCCUUUUUUCCUGGGCUAUUGGAGGCAGGAGGGGACAAGGGCAUGCCUGCUAGAGCUAUGGCUUUUGUGACUGACACUCAGCAGGGAGUCCCAACCACAGAACCCUUUCCUACCUGAACUUGGUGCAACGAAUGUCUGUCUCAUUUUACAUCCGCAGAAUCCAAUGAUAGACUUAGAUUGUCCCAGAUUUCAAUUUUGCUCAGUCUCACAUGAUAUGGGAUUUGGAACAGCCUUAGUUUAACUAAAUGAGAGGCAGGCCAACAUUAUAGCAGAGGAGAGGAGUUGCAGUUGCUGCAUUAGGAGAGGAGGGCACAAGCACUGCCCAGGUCUUACUCUUAUAAAUUGACACCUUGGGAACCACUAUAUUGCACUCAGUCUCUGGUGGGGAGGAGGGAGUGCCUUACAUUAUCCCUUCCAAAUUCAGUAUUUACCUAGCACAGCGCCAUUUUUUUUUU